AUGCUUCCCGUCUUUCUCUCCCUUCUCACGUUGGCGUGGGCCAACACACUCGGGCGCCGCUCAAGCUGCCACAGCGCGGACCCAAGCCACGAACUCUUGACGGUCCAUUCCAACCUGGCAACUGGAGAGCUCGUCCGAAGAGCCCCUUUCCCGGAAUCCGUCACCAUUGAGACGUACGUGCACAUUUUUGCCGAAAACAAGACAUACGAGGGUGGAUGGCUCAGUAACAACACCAUCGAGAGGCAGAUCCAGGUGCUCAACCAAGGCUACAGCAGCACGCCUUUCAAGUUUGCCCUGAAAGGCAUCGACAGGAAUGUGACGCUCCUCCCCACGAACCCCCGCGUCGAGCCCCAAGUGCAGUUCAAGUUGCAGUACCGCAAGGGCGACUACCGCAGCCUCAACCUCUACUACGUGAGCGGAAUCUUCGGCGGCCAGUGCACGUUUCCCAGCCUGCAGGCCUCGCUCGACAACUGGGCCGCCGACUUCUACCUCGACGGCUGCACCAUGGGCGCCGACACGACGCCCGGCAGCAGCGGCCUGUUCGGCGCCGGCACCACGACGAUCCACGAGGUCGGGCACUGGCUGGGCCUGCUGCACACGUUCCGCGGCGGCUGCAACUCCACCAACGGCGACUACAUUGACGAUACGCCCGUCGAGGCCGACUUUUCCGCCGACAAGGCCAUUUUCGACACGUGCCCGGUUGGCCGCGACAGCUGCCCGGGCUUGCCAGGUCUGGAUCCGAUCCAGAACUACAUGGACUAUGCUUCGGAGGACUGCCGUACGGAGUUUACUCCCGGUCAGAUCGAUCGGAUGAAGUCGCUUUGGGCAUUGGUGCGCAACAUUGAGCCAGGCCCUUGA